AUGAUAUAUGAUAAGCGACUUGCUUUUAAAAUUUUUUUGUACAUUAUACUUAUUUUGACUAUUAAUUUGUUAUCUAAUGGACAAAUAACAAAUAUAGACGAAGAAGAUAUAGACAUUCCUUAUCAAAAUGCUAAUGAAGAUAUGACUAUGGUUACUGAUAUUACGAAACAUAAUAAUUUUAUUUACAAAAGACAUGCUGUAAAAGAUCAUGAAAAAAAGAAAAAUAGUGAGGAAGUAGCUAAUGAUUCAUCUUCAGAUUUAGAGUCAGAAUUUGUAUCAACAAAUAACGAAACACUUGUAGAAAGUGAAGAAAAUAGUGAAAACAAAAAUUCAACUGUUCCAGAUAGUGAUGAGUAUCAAAAUAAUAAUUUGGAGGGUAGUGAUAUUGAAAAUCAAGAUUCACUAGAAAAUUUUGAAGAUUUAGAGAAAAAUGAAGAUGGUAAUAAAACUGUUUUAAAACAUUCAUUGAAUCGUGAAAAACGAGUCAACAAAGCAGGAUCAAGUCACAAAAAUCGUCCAUCUCUAAAUCGUGUUACCAGUACCAAGAAUAAAGAUAUCAUGUGUAAACUUUUACCAUUGUUAUUACUUGCUCUUUUAAUUUUUCAAGUAUCAUUCAUUCAAGUUGUCAUAAGUGAUCAAAAUGAUUUAAGCAAUCUUCGUCACUUACUUUAUGCUCCUUACAAUGAUAAACUUCGUAUUGGAGAUUCAUUUGACAAUAUGGAUUAUAAUUCUUUGUUAUACUGGAAUCAAUUGUCUAAAAUGAAAGCCCCAUAUGCAAGAAAUAUAAGAAAUAUAUUAAAUUCACCACAUCUUUUAAUUACAACAAAACGUUUUCGUAAUAUUGAUGAUAACAAAAAAUAA